AUGGUAACCUGCAACGUGGUAACCUGCAACGUGGUAACCUGCAACGUGGUAACCUCCAACGUGGUAACCUGCAACGUGGUAACCUGCAACGUGGUAACCUGCAACGUGGUAACCUGCAACGUGGUAACCUCCAACGUGGUAACCUGCAACGUGGUAACCUGCAACGUGGUAACCUCCAACGUGGUAACCUGCAACGUGGUAACCUGCAACGUGGUAGCCUCCAACGUGGUAACCUGCAACGUGGUAGCCUGCAACGUGGUAACCUGCAACGUGGUAACCUCCAACGUGGUAACCUGCAACGUGGUAACCUGCAACGUGGUAACCUGCAACGUGGUAACCUGUAACGUGGUAACCUGUAACGUGGUAACCUGCAACGUGGUAGCCUGCAACGUGGUAACCUCCAACGUGGUAACCUCCAACGUGGUAACCUGCAACGUGGUAACCUGCAACGUGGUAACCUGCAACGUGGUAACCUCCAACGUGGUAACCUGCAACGUGGUAACGUGUAACGUGGUAACCUGCAACGUGGUAACCUGCAACGUGGUAACCUGCAACGUGGUAACCUGCAACGUGGUAACCUCCAACGUGGUAACCUGCAACGUGGUAACGUGUAACGUGGUAACCUGCAACGUGGUAACCUGCAACGUGGUAACCUGCAACGUGGUAACCUGCAACGUGGUAACCUCCAACGUGGUAACCUCCAACGUGGUAACCUGCAACGUGGUAACCUGCAACGUGGUAACCUCCAACGUGGUAACCUCCAACGUGGUAACCUCCAACGUGGUAACCUGCAACGUGGUAACCUGCAACGUGGUAACCUGCAACGUGGUAACCUCCAACGUGGUAACCUCCAACGUGGUAACCUGCAACGUGGUAACCUGCAACGUGGUAACCUGCAACGUGGUAACCUGCAACGUGGUAACCUGCAACGUGGUAACCUGCAACGUGGUAACCUGCAACGUGGUAACCUCCAACGUGGUAACCUCCAACGUGGUAACCUGCAACGUGGUAACCUCCAACGUGGUAACGUGUAACGUGGUAACCUGCAACGUGGUAACCUGCAACGUGGUAACCUGCAACGUGGUAACCUCCAACGUGGUAACCUGCAACGUGGUAACCUGCAACGUGGUAACCUGCAACGUGGUAACCUGCAACGUGGUAACCUGCAACGUGGUAACCUCCAACGUGGUAACCUGCAACGUGGUAACCUGUAACGUGGUAACCUCCAACGUGGUAACCUGCAACGUGGUAACCUCCAACGUGGUAACCUGCAAUGUGGUAACCUGCAACGUGGUAACCUGCAACGUGGUAACCUCCAACGUGGUAACCUGCAACGUGGUAACCUGCAACGUGGUAACCUCCAACGUGGUAACCUCCAACGUGGUAACCUCCAACGUGUUAACCUGCAACGUGGUAACCUGUAACGUGGUAACCUGCAACGUGGUAACCUCCAACGUGGUAACCUGCAACGUGGUAACGUGUAACGUGGUAACCUCCAACGUGGUAACCUGCAACGUGGUAACCUGUAACGUGGUAACCUCCAACGUGGUAACCUGCAACGUGGUAACCUGCAACGUGGUAACGUGUAACGUGGUAACCUCCAACGUGGUAACCUCCAACGUGGUAACCUGCAACGUGGUAACCUGCAACGUGGUAACCUCCAACGUGGUAACCUGUAACGUGGUAACCUCCAACGUGGUAACCUCCAACGUGGUAACCUGCAACGUGGUAACCUGCAACGUGGUAACCUGUAACGUGGUAACCUGCAACGUGGUAACCUGCAACGUGGUAACCUGCAACGUGGUAACCUGCAACGUGGUAACCUCCAACGUGGUAACCUGCAACGUGGUAACCUGUAACGUGGUAACCUGCAACGUGGUAACCUCCAACGUGGUAACCUGCAACGUGGUAACCUGCAACGUGGUAACCUGCAACGUGGUAACCUGCAACGUGGUAACCUGUAACGUGGUAACCUCCAACGUGGUAACCUCCAACGUGGUAACCUGUAACGUGGUAACCUCCAACGUGGUAACCUCCAACGUGGUAACGUGGAUAAGAACUACGAGUAUCUAA